AAAUUAUCCACACUCUUCAUCUUCACUAAAGUCUCUGCUCCUUUGUUUCAUUUGAGUGAUGACUAACUCAAAAGCCUGUUUUUCUUUUGUUCUUAUUUUUGCAUUCUUCGUCUCUUCUCAUCAUGUCUUAGCUCGUGAAUUUCCCAAUGAUAAUGUGGAAGUUGAUGACUUAAAAGGUUCAACAAACAACAACAUUCUAUGGACUAUUCCAUUAACACCAACUAAAACUGAAGAGGAUCAUUAUACUACUCCUUCAGUUGGAUACUAUUCUAGAAACCCUCAUCAGGGUAAUGAUCCUGUUCUUCCUAUGUUAUUCUUUAGAAGAAACAAAAAUAAGAAACCACCAGAGACUGGUACACAUACUCCACCAAAACCACAACCAGAACAACACAUUCAUAACCCAAAUACCCAUCCACAUAAUCCACAUCCAUAUUAUCCAAAUGAUCCACCCACACAUCCAUAUUAUCCAGAUGAUCCACCCACUAAUUAUCAACGACCAAAUCCAUUAAUGGGUGUUAUACCUCUUUUGGAACCAUUAAUACGUGGUCAAAAUGGAGAAGGUCCAGAAUCAGAGAAAGUUGAUCCAGAAUCAAAGAAGAUUCCUCCACCAGAUGAUGGAGAAGAAGACUCAAUGGAUAAUACUGCUCAUCAUUCCAUUGGUUACAAUCCAUAUAGCAGUUAUCAAUACCAAUCCUCAGGUUUUCAAAAUAUUGGAAAGAGACUUUCAGCAUAUAAUAUGGAAGAGGUUGAUGAGUUAAAAGGCUCAAACAACAACCUUGAAUGGACUAUUCCAUUAAAACCAACUAAAAUUGAAAAGGAUCAUUAUACUAAUCCUUCAAUUGGAAACUAUCAUAGGGACUCGUAUCGGAGUAACACUCUUAUUCUUCCUAUGUUACGAAAAAAAAGAAGACGUAUAAGACGGAAACCUGAUCCACCUCAAGGUACCAAUACUAAUCCAAAAAAUGGUUCACAAUCACAUGAUCCACCUCAUGAUCCCACUCAUGGUCCACCUCAUGAUCCCCUUCAGGGUCCACCUCAAGGUCAACCUCAUGAUCCACCUCAUGGUCCAUAUCAUGAUCCACCUCAUGGUCCAAAUUCUGGUCCAUAUAAUCCAUAUAAUGAUCCAAAUACUGGUCGAUAUAAUCCAUAUAAUGGUCCAGAUUAUUAUGGAGACGGAUCAGGGAUGGAUUAUCCGAGUGAUCCAUCUACUAUAUCGCAAAUAUGGAACAUGUUUAAGAAUUGGGGUAAGAGAUUUACGGAUUGGUAUAAUUCAAAUCCAAAUAAUCAUCCAGAUGAAGAGAGUCCUCCAGUUGAAGACGAGCCCUCAUCAGAUCGUCCUCAUUCUUCAAUUGGUUACAAUCCUUAUAGGAGUUACCAAUAUUAUGUUCUGUCUGCACUACCCCAAACUCCAAGCAACAAUUACUAUACUCUUCCCUUCAGCUACAAUCCAAAUCACUACUUACAAUGGAAUCAUCAUCAUGUGUCACCGAAAAUCUUAAAUGCUGGUUACUCUGCUAAUUUUGCUGCCUAUCAACCCUCACCUUUUCAACAUUUUGAAGCAGAGAACUACAAAGAUGGAAAUGUAGCCUGGAAUCACAAAAUGAAGAGCCCUUCAGAAAUUGGCUGGAGCACAAAUUAUGGAGAUAAUGAAAAGGAACGAAUGAACUAAUUUCGACUCUGAGUCAGCUAUGGCAAAUACAUAAAUAGAAUAUAUUAUGGUAGUGCUGUGUCAUACUACUUAUCCUAAACAUACUAAAUAAUACUUUGCGCAACGUUGGUCUUUAGCUAUCAUGUGCCAUAUGUUGCAAAGCUGGGUUUGUUGUUAGUGUUUUAUAUGAAAUAUGUACUGUUAAUGAUUUU